CAUUAAAAUAAGGCAUCCAAUAGGACUGUUGACUCCAUUCCAUUAGAUAAAUACCUCCCCGUCUUCAUAUAAAUACUUUUUCAUCUUUCCCUUUCAAUUUUUUGUUUGAAAUUAUCUUCCUCUUUCAUUGGAGUAGCGGCAGAAGGUUUAAUCUAAUUAGUGAUAACUACUUCAAUUAAUCUGUUAAACAAAACCCAUAAACUAUAAAAUUACGGCUGUUCUUCGUCUAUUGAUAAUCGAAUUAAAGAAUUGAUACAGUGCAAAUAUGAAGAAAAUAAAGAGAGUAGAUUUUCUGAGUUGCCAAACAGAAACGGAUCAAGAUCCUGUGUCUCUGAAGAGAAAAAGGGGAAGACCUAGGAAAUUAAAGAGUGAUUUGGAAGACGGACAAAUCAUCAAAGUACAAAGCCCAACCAGAAGAGGCAAGAAAAUACGUUUUUUAAAUCGAAACCCUAAUGCAAUCUUGUGUUGGUUGAUUGAGAAAAAUAUGGUACUAGAGGGAACAAAAGUGCAAUACCGUCUUCUUAAGAGAUCUACUAAUUUAACAGAAGGGAGGAUCACCCGUUACGGAAUUGAAUGCGAUUGUUGUCUGCAAAUUUUUGGCCUUUCAGAGUUCGAAGCGCAUGCUAAGAGCACUAGACAUAGGCCAGCUGCAAAUAUUAUAUUAGAAGAUGGCAGGUCAUUGACUGAUUGUCUGGCACAACUGGCAGAGACCGGCGAGGGUAUGACAAGCACAAGAAUUCCCGGGAGGAAGAAUCUUGAGAUAGAAAAGGUAAAACAGGGAAAUGAGAAUGCCAGCGACGGUAUAACAAGUACAAGAAUUCCGGUGAGGAAGAAUCCUGGGAGAAAAAAGGUGGGACGGGAAAACAAGGACGCCAGCGAUAGCAUCUGCUCCUUUUGUUAUGACGGAGGUGAUUUACUUAUAUGCGAUCAGUGUCCAUCAGUCUUCCAUAAAAAUUGCCUUGGCGUGGAGGAAAUUCCUGAGGAGAACUGGUCUUGUCCAUUUUGCUGUUGUAACAAUUGUGGCCAAAACAAAUUACUAAACAAUGAUGAUCAGCAAGAGGGUUUCAUUCUCAGUUGUGAUCAAUGCCCGCGUAAAUUUCAUGUAGCGUGUGCACGGAACAUAGGAGUAGUCAAGUUAGAACGGAAAAGUACAGAAGAUACUUGGUUUUGUAGCAAUAAGUGCGAAUUUGUAUUCUCAAGCCUCCAACAGCUUCUGAGAAAACCAAUUGCCUUAGGUGAAGACAAUCUCACUUGGACAUUGUUAAAGCCGAUGAAGCCAAAUCGCUUUGAUCUCGGGGUAUCAUCAGCGAAUAACCGAAAACUUAAUCUUUCACUUGAAGUGAUUCACAAGUGCUUUGAACCAGUUAAAGAAGCAUACACAGGACAAGAUCUUGUUGAAGACAUUGUUUUUAGUAGAGGAUCUAACCUUAGUCGCUUGAACUUCCGAGGAUUUUACACAGUAGUUCUAGAGAGGAACAACGAAUUAAUAACUGUUGCUAAUGUGCGCAUCUCUGGAAACAAGGUGGCUGAGAUACCACUCGUAGCCACCAAAUUUGGGUAUCGAAGACAAGGAAUGUGCAGAAUAUUAAUGAAUGAGCUCGAGAGGCAACUUACGAACUUACGAGUGGAGAAGUUAGUUCUACCUGCUGCAGAUAGCACGCUUGAGACAUGGACAAAAUCUUUCGGAUUCUCAGUCAUGACAGAUGGUGAUAAAAAAGCAAAUUCAGAUUAUCCUGUUCUGGUUUUCCAAGGUACAGUCUUGUGCCAGAAAUUCUUAGAGAGGUCCAUUCUGCAAGAUCAAAGCUUGGAUGAUCCAGCUGUCCGCGGCAAAUUAGUCGAUAAAUCUUGAACUCACUUUCUGUAGUCUCUGUUAAUUGCUGCCUGAAUUUAAAUCAAAAGAUGAGAAUUUAUAUGUAUAUAUCUAUGCAGUUAAGAGAGCUAGAAAUUGAAUUGCUACAUAUGUUCUAGCCACCCCACAACCUAUAGUUGUUUUGUAUCUAUUCUGUUCUUUUUGUACGGCAAAUGAAUGAUUCUGGUAAUUUCUUGAAGCUUAUCAGUAUUAGUUCUUUAA